GCAUGUCGCGACUUUUUGGAGUUAGCAGAAACCCACAGUCGUAAAUGGCACCGUGCUUUACAGUAUGAACGUGAGCAAAGAGUUCGCCUGGAAGAGACUAUUGAGCAGUUAGCAAAGCAACACAACAGCUUGGAACGAGCUUGCCGAGGAGCACCUGGCCUGUCCUCCAAUACUACAGGAAUCCCUACCUCUAUAAAAGGGAACGUCCAGGCUGUAAAAGGGGAAGCCAGUGAUGAAGAUGAGGAGACAGAGUACUUUGAUGCCAUGGAGGACGCACCAGCCUUUAUCACAGUAACAACUGACCCCAAACAGCACAGGCGUUCUGGAAGUAAUCUCAGCAGUGCAAGUGGAGGCCACCCAGAGGACUGGCACCUAGAUGACAAUGUUUUUCACAGCUCACAUGAAGGAAGUUAUUAUGACUCUAAACGCAAAGAUGUCUUACCUAAGAAAAGGAGAAGGACCCGAAUUCCCGACAAACCAAACUACAGCCUUAAUCUUUGGAGUAUAAUGAAGAACUGCAUUGGCAAAGAAUUGUCCAAGAUCCCCAUGCCUGUGAAUUUUAAUGAGCCACUGUCCAUGCUGCAGAGGCUAACUGAAGACCUGGAGUACCAUGAGCUGUUGGACAAGGCAGCGAAAUGUGAGAACCCCAUAGAACAGAUGUGCUUUGUUGCAGCCUUUUCUGUGUCUUCCUAUUCCACCACAGUCCAUCGGACAGCAAAACCAUUUAAUCCUUUGCUAGGAGAAACCUUUGAGCUGGACAGAUUAGACGAUUUAGGAUUCCGUUCUAUUUGUGAACAGGUCAGUCACCAUCCGCCAGCUGCUGCGCAUCAUGUUUACUCCAAGAAUGGGUGGACUUUAUGGCAAGAAAUUACCAUUGCCAGUAAAUUCAGGGGCAAAUAUCUCUCAAUUAUGCCAUUAGGGGACAUUCAUCUGGACUUCCCUUCCAGUGGAAACCAUUACGUUUGGAAGAAAGUCACAUCAACUGUCCAUAAUAUCAUUGUGGGAAAGCUCUGGAUAGAUCAGUCUGGAGAUAUUGAAAUUACAAACUAUAAAACCAAGGACAAAUGCCAAAUGAAAUUCACCCCAUACAGCUACUUCUCAAGGGACAUUGCAAGAAAGGUCACUGGAGUUGUGACUGAUGCAAAUGGAAAAGCACAUUAUGUUCUGUCAGGAACAUGGGAUGAAAAGAUGGAAUGUGCAAAGAUUGUGCAGAGCAGUCAAGGCAAUGGAAGUGGAGAAGGCAAGCAGAAGACCGUCUACCAAACCCUUCCGCCAAAGCUAUUGUGGAAGAAAUACCCUCUACCUGACAAUGCAGAGAAUAUGUACUUUUUCUCUGAACUUGCACUUACUCUUAAUGAGCCUGAUGACAGCACUGCCCCCACCGAUAGCCGACAUAGGCCAGACCAGAGGCUAAUGGAGAACGGCAAGUGGGAUGAGGCAAAUGUGGAGAAGCAGCGUUUGGAAGAGAAGCAGAGGGCUGUGCGAAGAAGGCGAGAGGCAGAAGCCGCAGAAGCUUUAGAAGAAGGUAAUGACUAUGAAGGAUAUCAACCACUGUGGUUUGAACGGAAAGUCGACUCUUUCACUGGAGAGCUCAUGUGUGUUUACAAAGGAGGAUAUUGGGAGUGCAAAGAAAAACAAGACUGGUCUAAUUGUCCUGAUAUUUUUUGA